UCCCCCGCCCGUUUCCACGAGAAGAAAGGGCUCGCUCAAAGCCUCUUCUGUUCUCUUCUGUCUGCGCCCGCCGCUCACCUCCGCCUUUCCAAGACCGCAACGUCCUUCUCCUCCUCGCCCCUGCUCUCAUCCUAGGACGCCACGCCGCCCGAACCGCCUGCCUGCCUGCCUGCGCGCACGCCGGGAGGGGACGCGAGGUUCGUUCGACCACGACCGCCGCCGCCGCCGCCGCCACGCGGAGGAGGACCAUGCCGAGAUCCAGGGGCUCCGAGCCGCCGCAGCGGGCGUCGCCGCGCGCGCCGCUGCACCUCAAGACGACGGCCUGCUCCGAGGCGAACGGCGCGCACCACCGCCCCGCCGCCGACCGGCCCAGCCCCAAGGUCGGAGACCGCCACUCGCCGCGCAGCCCUCUGCCCGAGAAGAAGCGCGCGGCGGGGACGCGGGUGGCGGAGCUGGAGGCCAAGCUCGGGAAGGUGCAGGCCGAGCUCAAGAAGCUGCAGGAGCAGCUCGCGUCCGCCGAGGCCGCCAAGAAGGACGCGCAGGUCGCGCUCGAGGAGGCCAAGAAGCGCGUCGGCGCCAAAGGGGGGAGCCCCGCCUCCGCGGCGACCUCUCCUCUCCCUGCCCCCUCGGCGGGGGCUGAGAGCGCGAAGGAGACGGAGGAGCUGAAGGCGCCUCCACCGGCGGCCGAGGAGGAGGAGGACAGCAGCAUAAACUCGCCGGCGACCGACGUGUUUGAGGUCGUCCCGGCCGAGUCGGGGGACAAGGAGAACCAGAGCGCGGCAGCCGCCGCGGAUGACUGCGAGGCGGUGAGCUGCGGGGAGAAGGCGGCGCUGCCGGAGAAGGAGGACGUGGUGGAGGAGACCAAGAAGAUGAUCGAGGAGGAAACCAAAAAUGCAGCUGCGGAAACCGACGCCGCGGAGGAGACCAAGAAGAUGAUCGAGGAGGAGCUGAAGGCCAAGCUGGCGGAGAAGGACACGGAGAUCGCCGCCCUCACGGCUGAGAACGCGGAGCUCAAGAAGCAGACCCGGGAGGCCGCCGAGGCGGCGAAGAAGGCCGAGGAGGACGCGGCGGCGAAUGCGUCCCGGGCCGAGCACGACCUGAAGGAGGGCGCGGCGCGGGAGGCCCGGAUGGGCGAGCAGCUGCGGGCGUCGGAGGCCGCGCGGGAGGCGCUGGACGGCGAGAUGCGGCGCCUGCGCGUGCAGACCGAGCAAUGGCGCAAGGCCGCCGAGGCCGCGGCCGCGGUGCUCGGCGGGGACAACCACCUCACCGGGCUGGCCGGCAACGGCAACGGGUGGGGCUCCCCCGCCACGAUGCCCGACGACGGCGACGACGAGGGGUUCGGCGGCAAGCGCAAGGGCGCCGGCAUCCGGAUGCUCGGCGACCUGUGGAAGAAGAAGGGCUACAGCAAGUGAUGGAAACAUGGGAUCGGUAUCACGAACAAAUUCAGCAAUGGUGAGCUCGCUCGGCCCGCCAGCUUGAACUCCAUGCCUUCCUCGCACUAGAUUAGCGCCAUCAUUUUACCGCGUUUUGGUUCGGAUUCGGAUUAUGUUUGUAUGAUGAUGAGAUGAUGCUCCAUCGUGAGAUUGAACUAUGUCUGUAACGACCGACGCUGCACUUGCUGCUGCUACCUCACUGUAAGGAGCAACCAAGAUGGUUUGGUGUGUUUCCUGCAUUGCUGUGCUGUUGAUGAUAGAGCAGUAAUCUUUCUUUUUUGAGAUUUUUCA